AUGGCCGCCACAAGUAAAGGAAACUUUGAUGGAAAAUUUGAGGUACUGGAUCUUGCAGAAUUUACUAAAAAGCAACCAUGGUGGCGUAAGCUGUUUGGGCAGGAAUCUGGGCCAUCAGUUGAAAAGUAUAGUGUAGCAACCCAGCUGUUAAUUGGAGGUGUUACUGGAUGGUGCACUGGUUUCGUAUUCCAGAAAGUUGGAAAAUUGGCUGCAACAGCUGUAGGAAGUGGAUUCUUUCUACUCCAGCUGGCAAACCAUACUGGGUAUAUCAAAGUUGACCGGCAACGAGUAGAGAAAGACAUGAAAAAAGCCAAAGAGCAGUUGAAGAUUCGUAAGAAUAACCAAAUACCAACUGAGGUCAAGAGCAAAGCUGAGGAGGUUGCGUCAUUUGUAAAGAAGAAUGUUCUAGUAACUGGAGGAUUUUUUGGAGGCUUUUUGCUUGGCAUGGCAUCAUAAGAAAUACAACUUCACUACAUUGUUUUUUAUUUCUUUUUUUUUCUUGCCAGCACCUUCUGCACUUAAACGUAGGACAAUCAGCACUCCUCUUGUUCCUCUUGUCCUGUACCUUUCUCCCUGUUGUGGCAAAUCUGAAUGGCUUCCAUAGGCUUCUCCUGGUACAAAGUUAAUACAGGCCUUCUCAUAAGUUUGACGUGUUGGAAAAGACAGUAGAUGUUGACUCUCCCAGUAUAUGCCUCAUGACUUGAUCAAUGAGUAGCUUAGUAAAAAUGUUUCCUUUUGAGAAAAAGACAAGAUAUCCUGGGUAAAUUAGGAGCAUGGGGGUCAUGGCAGAGGGUAAAAGGGAAAGAGGGGAGGUAUGCAGGAGGGUAUAGAAAAAUGUAUAAUGCAGUAAAAACAAUAAAAAAAAGUGAAAAAGAAAAGAAAAAGAGUGACAUAAAGAAUCAAAUGUGACUUGGCUUUCGUGGCCAACCAUAUAUGCAGAUGGGGGUUAGCUGUUCCUUCUAGUGCAGGUCAAGCUUGCACAGUCCUGCGAUGCCUGCAGUCCUAGCACUUGGCAGCGGGAGCAAGAUUACCGAGAGUUUGAACCAGCCUGGGCUGUAUAGCAAG